AAAAUGCCAAGUUAUACUUUGAAAGUUACAGGAUAUUUCAUGCGGAAUCUGCCAGCGAUCGGUAGUAUAUAUUUGGCGUUGUUCUCUGUUAGAAACUGCUACACCUCCAGAAUUGGAACUCUAAGCAACUGGAGAUGUAGUUACCCAUUUUAGCAUUUCUUUUUCUCAAAAUUCUCUUAUUUCCUUAGUGGUACUUUUAUCCAAAUUUCAAAAAUAUAUAAAGCCCUUUUCUUCGUUACUGUUUCAGCACAAAGGAGAAUGAGAAGUGAAAAUAAUUUUGAAUAUAUCCAAACUUCAAAAGUAUAUUCCUUACUGAUCAGCAAUAGCCAUAAAAGAAAAGAUUCCUAUCCAAUAGGAGUCAGCUCAUGAAUAUUCCUUGCCUAAUUUGACACUCCAGAACUGCAGCUGGAAAGCCCAUUUUCGAAGGAAAGUAUCCCAAACAGGUGCCUUUCUUCAUCCAAGUUGCUGACAUGCAGACAUAAAAAAAAAAGUUGCAGCAACCUGUGAUGACCAAGCCUGAGCAAUGGAGAAGGUUAUCAACACACCCCUGGCUCAUCUGCUCGGCGCAUUGCUUAUCCUUCUUACACCAAUUUUUCUUCAAGGAGUUGAAGGAACUAUUGGUGUCAAUUAUGGUACUGUAGCUGACAACCUCCCUCCACCAGUCCAAGUUGCGAGCUUCCUCCGUAACUCCACCGUUAUCCGUCGUGUGAGGCUCUUUGACGCCAACCCAGAAAUCUUGAAAGCGUUUGCUCGCACUGGCAUUUCAGUGACUGUAAACGUCCCCAAUGAUCUAAUUCCGCAGCUUACUGAGUUGAGUUUUGCCCAACAGUGGGUGGAAACUAACGUCCUGCCCUAUGUCCCUGCCACCAACAUAGUGAGAAUACUUGUUGGCAACGAAGUAAUUUCCACUGCCAACAAGUUACUUAUUGGGAACCUAGUCCCUGCUAUGCAAACCCUCCAGGUUGCCCUUGUUGAAACGUCCUUGGACCGCCACAUCCACAUUUCUACGCCACAUUUCCUAGGUAUACUCUUAAAUUCUACCCCACCUUCUACUGGGAAAUUUAGACCAGGAUACGACAUCCAUGUUCUCAAGCCAUUGCUUGAGUUCCUUAGAGCUACUAAUUCACCAUUCAUGAUAAACCCAUAUCCAUUUUUUGAUUCUUCUGAUGACACACUUGAUUAUGCACUCUUUAGGCCCAAUCCAGGGGUCUUCGAUGAGGCCACACGACUCACCUAUACAAACAUGCUGGAUGCUCAAUUAGAUGCAGUUUUUUCAGCCCUGAAGCUCCUGGAUUUUGAAGACAUUGAUAUAGUCAUAGCCGAAACAGGAUGGCCAUCGAAAGGAGAUCCAGGGCAAGCAGGAGUAGACACUGGAAGCGCCGAGGAAUACAACAGAAAGCUCAUACAACAUGUGAUGUCUGGCAUUGGGACACCCCUAAUGCCCAACAGAACAUUCGAGACCUACAUUUUCGCACUCUUCAACGAGGACUUAAAACCCGGGCCUACAUGUGAAAGAAAUUUCGGGUUGUUCAAGCCUGAUAUGACACCAGUCUAUGACAUAGGAAUCCUACGUCCAAUUGUAGCUAAUGCUGCUGCAAAUACUGAUCAUAGUCGAACUAAAAGCAGAGCAUAUUUGUUAAUGCUUCUGUUUGUGUGCUUGAUGUGUUUGUGAAACUGCCUCUGGCUUGGCAGGCAAAACGAAUUUUCCAUCGUGCUCGACACAAAAAGCUUCAUCUGAAUCCAACAACACCAGUGCCUGCUAAGGGGACAACGCGGUGUCUCCGGAAAUAGGGGGCAAAUAUGGAAGCACAAUGGA